CUUAUCGCAGCUGAGUAUACUUAUUCAUUUUGAAGAAAAAGCCCGAAAAAAAGAAUUAUUAAUUUAGAAAGCCGAAACUUCUCAGACGAACAUUAUGUUGUUGGCUUGGAAAAAAUUCGGACGAGGGAGGCGUCUAAUAUUACCGUGUCUGGCUGUGCUAUUGUUAGUGCUUGUUAUAAUAUACACAUCACAGAAUCUAUCAAGUUUGUGUUAUCAAAGUUCCAAGAUUCUCAACCGAUUAGGCUUUAAUCAGAAUAUUGUGGAGGAUGUCUUAUUGUCGCGCUCCAAGCCUCCGCCAGGACGCACUAUAUUCUUUAUCGAGACAAGCUGUCAUCGUGCAGAUUUCCAGUACAAUUUGAGUAGCAUAAAGGCGCAUCAGGCCUGUCCUAUUGAAUCUGCCGCCUUGCAUAAUCCAAAUAUGCAAGUUUUUGUUCUGUUCGCCUGCUCCACCCAUCAUGCCAAAUCGAUGCCCAUCGUUGAUGCCCUUCUAAGCUACAAGAAUGUGCAGUUCCGAGAGUUAACUCUAGAGCGUUAUGCACAGGACACGCCUGUUGCAGAUUGGAUCAAGAAUGGAAAGCUAUUUAGCUCAAGAUUUCUGAUGUAUCACCUAUCUGACCUACUACGUUUAAUAACCCUAUAUCGCUUUGGCGGCGUUUACCUGGACAUGGACGUACUGAGUUUGCGUACCUUGGAGGAUGUGCCACUAAAUUAUGCGGGUGCCGAGUCAUUAGAUAGCAUUGGCAAUAGUGUUAUAAGUUUGGAGCCCAAUGGCUUUGGCCAUCAGCUUGGCGAGCUAUUUCUGCAGAACUUCCAGAAGAAUUAUAUAGGCAGCGCGUGGGCCCACAAUGGACCCAUGGUCUUAGUGCGCGUCCUGAGGGAGCUGUGUGGAACUCAAAAUAUUACGCUCAUGGUGAAUAAUCGCGAACGUUGUUACGGCUUUCAGGUGUUCAAUGUGAGUGAUAUUUACGAGAUUCCAUGGAGGCAGUGGACUCUAUUCUUCGAGCCGAAGCACGCGAAUCUAACGCUGGAGCGCACCAAGGACUCGCGCAUGGUGCACAUGUGGAAUCAUUUAGUAAGAAAAUGGCCCCUUAAGAUUGAUUCAAAGGCAGCUUAUCUGCAUUGGGCGGCGCAGCAUUGUCCCAGGGUCCUAGCGGCUACAGGAGAGCUCUUUUAUUAAUUCACAAAAUAUGGCUUACGUUUUGGGAAUAUUAAAUUUAAAUUUUUAAUGUUUGUUAAAUUAUUUUUUUGUUCGUGCCCAAUUUAUUGUGCUUAAUAUGGCAAGCUUCUCACGCAGGCGAGUGCUGUAAUUAUAAUCAUACUUAUUCUUUAGUUUUGAGAUUAAGUCAAGUAUUUGUCUAGAGGCAGGUCUUUCAUAUAACAAUUCAUUUUUAACAAGUUACCACGUCUGACAAUAGAAAUUAAAUCUAUUUUUAAAUUAAUUAAAAAUUUAAUGAUGUAAUGUGAAAAGAGUUUUGAGAUAACAUACAUAUUUCGUGUAUUGGAUUAAUUGUCAAUUUAUCAGUAAUGUUGUUCCAUUAUUA